AUGGACAGGCCUGCAUCUGAUUACGCGCAGUCAGGUUUGCAUUCACCGUAUUCAUUUUUGACCGACGCGCAUUCUGAACCCUCAGCUGCAGACCAGGCUUCUGCUGCUGCUCAGUACACGCCGCAACCCGACGUCCGUCCCGCCGCCCAGUACACUCCCCAGCCUGAAGUGCGAUCCGCCAACAUUUCCUCCUCCAACACGCCGCAGUCGGACUACGGUCUGAACCCUCCCGCAGGACGCUCGCAGCCUUAUCCGGACUACUUGGCCCGUCAGCCUCAAUACCAUCACGCGCCUAACACCCAAGCCGGCGGCGCGGCAGGUAUGGCUCAAGCAACAAGUCCGUCCAUGACCCUCCACGAUGGGCAACAAAAUGGCCAUCACUCUCAAUCGAACAUCAAGUCUGACCCCGACGUUCCUAUAGAUCCCUCGAUCGCGGCAUCCAGCCCCAACUAUCCGCCUCCCUACUCGCCCUACCAGCCCCAGGGCCAUGACAUGGCCCAGUAUCAGGGCCACCCCCCGCCUCCUCAGAUGUAUGCGCGUCCAGACUGGUCGCAUGGAUAUGGACAACAUCAGCAUGGUCUGCCGGGGCCCUAUAGUUCCCCUGCCACAACGGUUGGUUCCGCCUCCCCUGCUGUGACCGCGGGGCCGCGUCCUGGCCAGGUCUACUCUUUCGUGCCGAUCCCCGGUGCCCAGCAGCACAAGCGACCGCGUCGCCGUUACGAGGAGAUUGAGCGUAUGUACAAGUGCGGAUGGAAUGGCUGUGAGAAGGCAUACGGAACAUUGAACCACCUCAAUGCGCACGUCACCAUGCAGUCUCACGGAUCUAAGCGUACUCCUGAAGAAUUCAAAGAGAUCCGCAAGGAAUGGAAGGCCCGCAAGAAGGAAGAGGAGAACCAGCGCAAGGCUGCUGAGGAGCGCGAGCGUGCUGCCGCCGCCGCUCAGGCCCAGCAGCAGGUGGACAGCGGUGCUGCUCCUGAUCCAUCUCAGGGUGGUCAGCCACCGUCCUACCCUGGUGGUGUCCGCCCUCAGCUGCCUCCCAUCGGCUACCAACCGGCCGAUGGUCAGGUGCCUGGCCAGUACGGCGCCGCUGGCGCUGGUAUGGUCUACCCUCAGGGCAACGGACAGAUGGCUUACCCGGCCAACUAUCCUCACUCCCCUUAUGGACAGAGCAACCAGGUGUACCAGCAACCCCCAGACAACCAAUCCAGCAACUACCAAUAG